CAUCUUUUAGAAAGCUUUCAACUUUUCUCUCUCUUGUAAUUUGUUGAUUUAAUGGUUUGAAAAAACAACAUGGGAAGGAAGAUAGAAGGAAAGAGGCUUAGUAUCUGUCUUCUUCUUCUUCUCUAAGAAGAAAAAAAAAAAAAAGAAAAAGAAAAAAACCCAACACAUCAAAACACACAGUGUGAUUGAUAAGAUGGCCAAAGCUCAAAGCUUUUCUCAAAAUGAAGAAGCUUUCAUCAUCAUCAUCAUCUUAAAAAUCACAAUUUUUUUUUCCUUUUUAAAUUUUUUCCCUCUCCCCCACUGUACUUUUUUUCUCUCAUCUCAAAAACUUUCCAUUUUUGGGUGUUUUUCUCUAUAUUCUUCUUCUUCUUCUUCUUCUUCUGUUUCUGUUUUUCCAAUGACCAUUUUUUUUAUAGCCACUACUGUUUUAUCUGCUUCAUCAGACGAACAAGCAAAAUUAUACUUCAAUUUUCACCUCUUCUCUCUUCCAGAUUUGUUUGCCUUCUUUCUUCUUCCUUUGUUUUUGAGCUCCAAAACAGAAAUCAAUGGAGGAAGAUCUACAAAAGAAAAGCACAAGAUUAUUCAGAUUUUUUAUCAACAAGGAAACAGACUUAUACUAGAUGAGCAAAAGGAUAAAAAGGUUUCCAUCUCUGAGUAAUGGAUGGAGCUCGAAGCCCCUCCCUGUGUCGACGACGGUGGAAUCAUAUGACGAAAACACAUCCAACGAAUAAAUAUUCCGAAGGGGCAAUGAUCUGAUGUCUCUUCUAAUGCAGGGCAUUGGGUUGAGAGCAUUCAUGUACAAAAAGCUUGGCUUCAGGUAAUAAAAAAAAGAAAGAAAGAAAGAAAGAGUUGGCUGAUGCUGCCAAUGGGUAAUGCAAUUUGUACAUUGAGCGUCUUUCACGUACUUUAUUUAGGCUUAUUGGCAUAUACUUUGAAAGGAAUAGAAGUUCUCUACUUUGAGAUACAAGGAAGCAGAAAUAGAUCAUAAAAUGUAAGCCAACUUCCUUGGCCACUUGCCAACUUUUAUGGAUUCUGUAAUGAUCAUAAAAUGAAACAUAUUAGCAUCUGACUUAGAUAAUGUCAAA